AUGUCAGCUAUUGAAGCCGGUCGUCAGACAUGGAUGGGAAUAUCAUCUUCUGCUAUGAUUACCCUCGGAUCAAAGACCAAGUCCUUUCUUAAGACCCACUUCCGGUCUGUGCAUUUCCCGGUACCUUUUGAUAAGGUCUCUAUGAACAGUGGAUUGAAAUUUGAGUUCUAUGACACCGCUACGAAACUGUGGCCAUCAGAACACUCACGGGCAAUAACCUUCAACCACCACUGUGCGAUUCCCAGACCGCAAGCUAGUCCAUUCGCGAAAAUUGAGUAUCCUUCACGACUAAUGGAGACUGUUGGCAUACCCAAGCCUGGUGGAAAGUUCAUCGCAGCGAACGCUGUUUUCGACUCGAAUGAAAUUCUUGCCGGGCAACCUCGUUGUCCUAAGAGUCUCAGCCUUCAAGAGUUUGUUGCCUUUCAGAGCGUGAUCUGUAAAUUCAAUCGGUUUUGGCCCGCUUUGCUUAUUGAAAUGGGCUCUUCCAAUCUCAAUCUCAGCUCCGAAGCCGUCAUGAUCAUUUUGGAAUCAUUGUGCGCACGAACAGAUCCCGAAGAUAGCCAAGACGUAUAUUCUCAGAUUAAAUUCUUCCAGGGUGACGCUUUCUGCAAUGCUUUGGCAUCACAGAUUGACAAACGACUGACUACUAUCCGCUCAAAUUGGCGUGACCAUUGUAGCAUGAGCAUUCUGAUCACCUUGAUAUUGAAAGUCCUCGGGCUUGGAUCUACUUCGGUCCGAGUGCGAGCCCUUGAACUUCUUGGCUGCGGCUGGGAUACAACAAUACAGUGGACCCGCCUUCUGCGAAAGGAAUCUUGGUCCACGACGAAUGUUGCUACAUCUCGCCGGUUGUCGCAAUUGAUAUUGUGA